GCCGGAGCCGCUCGUCCCCAUGGAAGCGCUGCGCUUGUGCGCGGCCCCGUCCGCCAUUUUCAGCUCGAGUUCGCGAUGGAAACGUCUCGCGCGGGGAAGCGGUGCGCGCGGGAGCGCCUCACUGUCCGCACGGCCGCGUGAAAUAAUGUUGCUUGUUGUGAAGAGGCGCGCGAGGGCCGUCGGCUGCGCGCGCCGCCGGGAGCAAUUCUUCGUUAUCUGAGGAGGAAACGCGCGGGAAGGAAGGAAGGAAGGAGGGAAGGAGGGUGUGGGGGAAACAUUUUGCAGAAAUAACCGCUCUUGCGGAGGAUUCCAGAACACUGGCGGAAGCUCGAAGGGGGGAAAGUGUGGAAAAGCUGGUGUUUGGUCUAGACAAGGGCAUUAUGGGAUGGUGUUCCUCCGGCCGUGUGCCAGAGUGAAGGGACCGCAUGUCAUGUCCACUCUGUGGACCGUGGAGUCUGGACACAUCUGCUUCGCUGAGCCGCUUGCUUCUCGGACCGAGACGUCUGCGCGGACGCCGGCCCCAGAGAGAGCGCCGUCCUCCCUCCGUACGCCGGGCCGCGGCGUGUUCGGCGGAGCAGCGCAUCAUGUCACUUCUGGCUCUCCGUGGUGCAGCACAUCUGCCGGGGCUUUGAGAAGGAGCUCGUGGAGCCUGGCCGGCGCGGGGCCCCGGCGCUCCAUCCCCCAGCAGCGAUGACGCGGAGCGGCGAUGACCUGGAGAAGCUCUCCUCCCCGCUGCGCUACCCCCGACUCCUGGCCAGGAGUUGGAAGCCACCAGCUGAGAUGGUUUUUGGGAUGCUACCCAGAGAGCUACACAAACAGCUGCUGGACCAAAAGAGUUACCAGAACAGGACAAACGGGGUGGAGGAGCUCAAAUGCAUCCUCCUCAGCGUGGACGUGAGGACCCUGUCCGCGGACGACGUGAAACGGUUAAUCGCUUUUCUUUGCAGAUUGCUGGAUGACGCCAACUUCAAAGUCUUCCUGGGCACGUUGCAGGCGAUGAACAUUCUGGUCCAACGGCUGGAGCGCGACGUGGAGAAGCACGUGAAGCAGAUAAUGGCUGCGGUCACGAAGGCCUUGGGGGACACGCGCCCCAUCGCCAGGAUCGAAUACAUGAGCGUUUUCCGCCACCUGAUGAAGAUCGUUGGUCCGCAGAAGGUCCUGGACCUCGUGAUGGGGCAGCUCGGACAUGAGAAGUCGCGCGUCAGGGAGGAUGUGCUGAACAUCAUAACGGCUGCGAUGCUCACCCAUCCCAGGAAGGAGUUCAACGUCUGCAACCUGUGUUACAAAGUUGCGCCGUGCCUGGCCGACGGCAACCGGAGGGUCCGCCACGCAGCCCUGGAGCUCUUUUCCUUGCUGGAUUUUGCCCUGGACGCGGGGAAGAAGCAGCCCCUGAUGAAAGCUCUCGACCUGCUGGAACUCCAUGGGCCGGGAGACGCUCUCGUGGCAGCUAUCAAGGCGCGGAGAGCCAGGCGCACGCUGCCCAAGCUGAGCUCGGACGGCAUCGUGGAGUACGCCCUGGUCCUCCCGAAACCCGGCGAGCGACUGUCCGCGCCGCUGGGCUCCGGAGCCGACCUGGACUGGGUGUUGAGUGGCGGCCGCGCCAGCAGCGGCCGAAGCCAGCAGGCGGACUCCGCCGGGCCCGGCCGACUCUACGGUAGCCUGGGCUCCCUCUCAGACGUGCUCCCUCAGCAACGGAGGAUAGCCAGCGCGAGGAAGUCGACUGUACCCUGGGUGACGGCGAACGCGGAGAGCAAGUCGUCCGAGCAGGUUUCUAGUGAGAACAACCAGUCUCAAAAUCCUGAAUUUAAUCAAGAGGCUCAUGUCUCCGGCAGCGAGAGCUGUCAACCUUUGAUGAAGGGAAGAAAAGAACCCCUUGGACAGAACGAUAUCUCCAGUAGAGACCACCGGGUUCUUGAGUCUACAAGCCCAUCUGACAGAGAACGAGUGCUACCCAAGUUGAGCAGACCUCUCUCUGGACACCGCAGCAUGGAAGGCUCCUAUUCCCUACCUGCCAAUUCCACUUCUCAAGGGUGGCAACUACUGCCCUCCUAUCCUCUGGCCGCAGUUCCAGGGAACCCCAUCAUCCCCGUAUUGCCCCGGCCCUGUGUGAACAAUUCUUUGUCUUUGUCAAACACAUGGCCCAACAACAGAGAGUGCAGACCCUGUCGCAGAGAUGGCAGCCCACGCAGAGUGUCAGCAGGUCACUUCUACAACAGGUGCUCCCCGCUGCCACCCCGAAGCGCCCUGGUACGUUCCUCCUCCUUUGACAGCUCCUCCUGCAAUGUGGGUCAUGUUGCUCAAAGCUCGAAUGAGCAUCUUGAUGAAGAGGACCCGUCUUUGAGCGGUACAAGGCAAUGCCUCGAGAGAUCAUCGGUGGAGAAGGACGUAGACCUGGACCUCUUCCAGUUAGGAGCACCGGACCAAGAGGAGGAGGUUGUGGAUCAUGAGGAGAUGAUGAACUCACUCCGCAGCCUGCGCUUCAGUGCAGCCAAGAAGCGGGCCAAGAUAAAUCUGAGCAGCUCAGACCGGGACCCAGAAGUGGACCUAGACAGCCCCGAUUCAGCGGUGAAGCUGGAGCUGCUGGAAUCACCCUCACGCACACCUUCAUCUGUCACUAGCCCACUAAGCGAGAGUGGCCUCUCCAGCCUGAACUCACCACCCAAAGGGAUCUUUGUGGGCACCAAAGAUAGUUCUGAGGUCCUCUUGUCCUCUGCGAAACGCAAACCACAUACCGACCAAGUCUCAUCCAACAAGAAGUGGGUCACUGCUACCAUGGAGGGCACCCAGCUUGACUGUGAAGUGGACGAAAGUGAUGUUGUAAAGCAAAAGGCGGAAUUUGCUGGAGCAGACUUGCCUGUCAGUCCUUCCAGCUCGCAGCAGCUCAUCUCAGGCCAGUGCCAGAAUGGUUUUCAUCACCCUCAGAGCCAUUCUACUGCUCAGAGUCCCUCUCUCCACCAGCCCAUUCCUCCUCUCCAACCCAGGCCACCAAAAAACCCACCCAAACCCAGACUUACUCGAAUGGCUCACCUGAGGCGAGCUGCCAGCCUAAUGAAAGCCAACAAUGGUCUGUCAAUCAGCUCAGAUGAGUCUCCAGGGAUCCAGAAACCAGACUUGCAACCUUUUCCCAACCCAGAGCAGGCCCUCACCCAGAGCUUGGAUCUGAUAAGCUUCGGUGACUGGGAAAAGAAGAUCGAAGGUUUAAACUCCCUCCGUAGCCUGGUGCAGUUCCAUCCUAACACAGUGGUGACCAGACUUCACGAUGUCUGCCUUACCAUAAUUGAGGAGAUGAAGAACCUGCGCACUGGGGUCUCCCGGGCGGCACUGGGAACCAUGGGUGAUCUGUAUGCACACCUCCAUAAGUCAAUGGACCAGGAGCUGGACUGGACUGCUAGCGUGCUUCUUGAAAGAGCAUGUCAUUCAAAUGUGUUCAUCCGACAAGAAGUGGAUGCAGCCCUGGACAGCAUGGUGGAGAACUGCACCCCUGUGCGAGUAAUGAAUGCUCUGCUCAAUGGGGGGCUACAUCAUGUUAACGCAGUGAUAAGGAGGUGUACAGCUCAGCACCUGGCUGACACUGUUGAAAAGAUGGGCACUGAUUGUCUGCUGUCAGGCAGCAGGGACGUUACGGGACGUAUCCUGCCCGCAGUAGCAAAACUAGCCCAAGACUCCUCUCAGGAUGCCAGACACUAUGGGCGUCGAAUUUUACUGUUCUUGGCAUCACACCCGGAGUUUUUUAAAAUGCUGGAAAAAUACAUCCCAGACAGAGAAAUUCCUUACGUGAAAGAUACCGUGCUAAACUUGAAGGCGAAGGGACUGACAGAUGCCCCCAUUGCGGGGCGUAGUUGUCCACUUAAUGCCAGCAGGACAGUCAGGACAUCUUCUCUCAACCGGGAGCUUGUCAGUCUCAAAAAAUAUCCCAGAGAGCACAGCUCCAAGGGUCUGGACCACAAAAUAUCAGAAAAGACAGAAUACAUUAAACAGCUGACAGCCCUGAUGGUGUCGAAAGACUUCCGGGAUCGCAUACAAGCCCUCGACCAGCUCGUGGCAGACUGCAAGGACAACCGUGACAUGGUCAUUGCCAGCAUGUUCCCGGUUUUUGAUUCCUUCAAAGCCAGACUUCAAGAGUCCAACAGCAAAGUAAACCUCCAUGCCCUACAGGCCCUUCAGAAGGUCAUAAUCUUACUGAAGGACAACUUGGCUCCAGUUGUCAGCAUCCUUAUUCCUGCUAUCAUCGACCAUCACCUAAAUUCCUCAAAUAAUGCCAUAUACAGUGCAGCCUCUGCAGUCAUCCAUGCUCUCAUGGAGAAUCUAGAUAACACCCUUCUUCUCCAGCCCUUCUGUAGCAAAGCCCAGUUCCUCAGUGGCAAAGCCAAAGUUGAUCUUAUUGAGAAGGUUGCAGACCUGGUGACAGAGCUCUACCCACACAAGCCACAGGUUGUGGAACGGAGGGCACUGCCCCUGCUAUGGCACCUCCUGGGUACCUCCAGCAAUGGGAGCAGUGGCGUACGUGUGGCCACAGUUACGCUUUGCCAAGCCCUACACAGGCAGAUGGGACCCGGGCUGGCUGAGUGUGCCUUGUCUCAGGAACCCGGUGUCUACAAUGGGUUUAUUAACCUUAUCAAGAGCUUACCUUCUCCUUGACAAGAGGUAACAUCAAUGAUAGAAAUACUGGUCUUACUUGAACAUGAGAAUGGUUUUUUUACAGUGCCUGGACUUUUUGGUUCUUCCCCUUAUAGAGAAUAUAUAUCACCCCUUGAGAACAGGGGUUCCACAGACUCAUUAAUUUAAUAUCAUGGAUAUGAAUCAAUAUCAAAAUUCAAGACUUAGCUUUUGGCAUCAGGAAUUUUGCUCACAAGAACCACUUCUGCACUUUAGGAAAAGGGGUACAUCAUCAUGAUGGUUGUUGUCAUGGAUACAGUUGCUGAUGUUGUCAUACAGUUCUAAUUUAUGUAUCUUGUAAGUCCUUGCAAAUAUGAAUUGAACUGAAAUGUCAUAGAAUGUAUUAUUUCAAUUCACAAAGCAGGACAAAUAGAAGGGAUGUAUAUUUUUGAAUGGUUUCUUUUUCAGUCCCAUGUGUCGUUCAAGGUUGUUUUGUGAGAUUUGUGAGUAUAAAGAUUGGUAAUGAAAACAAAUGGCUUUUUAAUAGUUCAGGUUUGUAAUUGCACUCUAUUGAAUCUUUGAUUUAAUGUUUCAUUUUAUGUUUUAUAUCUGUGUUUAUUGUAAUAUUCCAUCAACAGAGGUAAAACAAGUUACAGCUAUCUUUUUUGCAUGAUCAAAUUCAAUGACAGAGAAUUAAAUAUUUUAUUAUGGAUGUAUUUUAUUGUACACAGAUGCCUAAAUGAGAUGUUGGAUGUUUUACAGUUUUGAUAAUUGUACAAGAAAAAUGCAUUUUAAACAACUUUAAAUUAGCAAUUUGUACAUACAUUCAAUAUCUGAUUUGCUAUCCUCAUUCACUAGUGCCAGUCUUUACAUAGCCUUUCUCGGAUUUCACUGCUAAAUUGUACUGUUUGAAAAGAGGGAGAUGAUAUAUACACUAUACAUA